UGGCAUUUAGUUUGUCCGGCCAAGUCGGACGUUCAACAUCUUUGGUGUUGAUAAAUUUUCAUUUUACUUGAACAGACAGAGAAGUUAAGUUCACAUGCAUCAUGAAACCUUUAAAAAAUGGCGCAUUUGCCAAUACAGCAACGGGUUAUGGUAAAAAAACACAUUACGCAAAUCCUUCUCUAAAAUAUUCACCAAAGCCAACAAAGGCCGAAUUGAAAACACCCAAAGAAGAUGAUCCCAAGUCCCAGCAGAAGAAGGUGGAAGAUGCUGAUACAGAUUUAAAUUCUGGUUUUGGAAAUUAUCUGAGAUCGAGCCAAGGAGUUGAAAUGAUGAAAAUGUUUAUUUUUGCCAAUACCAUAAUGCUUAUCCUUACAAUGGCCUGGCCACAAGUUAAAUUACAAUAUAUUUGGUUUAUGCAAUGGUGGGACUCAUUUAAAGAGGGAUAAACAACGCAACAACCUUUCAAGUUUUGAAAACAACUGUAAACAAGAUAAAAAAUCUCAAUUAUCUUAUCUGCACCAUGGUUGGACCGUUUGCGCAAG